AUGAUAAGUUUGUGCACUGAAUGGAGAGCUUGUGAGGGCCGGGAACAGGGCCACAGCUACAACAUCAGGCGAAGGCGACCAAAUGCUGUUGACUGGCAGUGUACUAUUAGACGAAAGGUAAAUCCAUGUAGAGCGGCUCUUAUAGAGCGCAACGGUGGCUCAUUCCAGAUCGGAGCACACGCACACAACCAUCCCGCAGACGUCGGCGCAGCAGUCUCAGCCACUAUCUCAGCCAAAGUCAAAGCGAUCGCCGCCGAGAACAUCUUCCGACCAGCGUCGAGUAUCGUCGAGGAGAUACUUCUACAAGAGCUGACUGAUGCUCCCUGCCCGAGUCUACCCAAACCUGAAUACAUCGCCAGGACUGCCGACCGGUUCCGCCAACGCCUGAGGCCAAAAGACCCAACAGACUUAGCCUUCGAGUUAGAGCACGACCACCUCCCGGCUGGCUUCUUCCGCGCCGAUGUUCAAGUACAUGGCCGUCGCCACUUGAUGUUUGCCACAGAACAGCAACUACAGUACCUCGCCCGAGCAAAGAACUGGUACGUGGACGGCACCUUCAAACUCUGCAGACCUCCCUUCACCCAGCUCCUCACCGUGAACGCCUUCGUAAAACAGGAUGAUCACGCCAAGCAGGUGCCCCUCCUGUUCGUCGUAAUGUCGGGGAAGAACAAGAAGGACUACCGAAAGGUCUUCAAACAGCUGCUCGAGAUACUUCCAACAGCGCCUGCAGUGAAGCGGAUAACCCUCGACUGUAAGAGGGGAGAAUUAACAGUCAGAUCUUGGGAGUUAUGGGUUAAAGAUCCUUAUACACCUACAGCGCUUGGAACAAACUUUUAA